AAUUAAUGGGCUUUAGGCCCAUUAGAAGGGUCUCUCGAAAAGGGCUGUACCCACGACAACUGGCCCAUUCAACCAGAUUCGGUUGACUUUUUAACUAUCGCAAAACGGUGUCGUAUUGACAUUCCCUCCGAAAAACGUCUCGUUGAAAAAUAAAUUCCUAAUAAAAUAGACGGAUUUUCAAACCCGUCCGAAAACUUUGAAACCCUAGCUUCCACACUCCACCGCUCAGCUCCGACGCGCCGUUUCUCUUCCCGGCCCUUUUCCCUUCUCUUUCACCAAUGGCUUUCUUCACCGGUGGUGGCCGAUUCCGCGAGCUUCUCAGGAAGUACGGGAAGGUCGCAAUCGGAGUUCAUUUCUCAGUGUCGGCGGCUUCAAUCACUGGCCUCUAUGUCGCCAUCAAGAACAAUGUCGAUGUAGAAUCGCUACUCGAUAAGCUACACAUGGACGGAUUCUCUUCCAAAGAUACGCCACAGACAAGUCCCUCUGAAAUCACACCGUCUGUAGAUGAUGGAUUUGUGAUCGAAGAAAGACCUACAUCGGGAAUUCAAUCAACCGUAGUGGAAGAGCCGAGGAAAAGGAAUCGUACAGCCGAGCUCGCAGCGUCGACUGGCGGCGCGUUGGCUUUGGCCGUGCUUUGUAACAAGGCAUUGUUGCCGAUUCGGAUCCCGAUCACGAUUGCGCUCACACCGCCGAUCGCGAGGCUGCUGGCGAGGCGAGGAAUUAUGAGAAGUGGUUAAGGAACUGAAUCCAUCCCAUUUCUUCAUCAUCUUUCUUGUAAGUUGGAUCUGCGAUGGUCGAUUAGAGUUAAGCUUCUUCUCGCGAUCUACAGAGUGUAAUAAUCCAUUUUCUACGUUCUUUUGAGAUUUUUUUUUCCAAGAAAAAUUAGUCAAAACAGAAAAUAAAUGAAAUUCCACUCUGAGUUCUUCC